AUGUCAUACGAGAGCCAAGACGAGGCUUACGCUGCCUUUGAGCUCGUCUCGAUGCGAAACGGACAUCGAUCCAGCGUCUCGUUCGAUAACUCGCCGGCGCCUACAUCACUACCCAACACCAACGUCAUCGCAGCCAACGUCAUCGCAGCCAACGUCAUCGCAGCAUCUACACAGACAGCAGCUCGCUCUCCAUCCGCAUCAAAGAAGCGUGCCAAAUCCGCAUCAGACUCCAAGUCAUCCGCGACCCCCGCUUCCAAAGCCAAGACCAUGGACAACAAUGCUGCUGACUCGAAAGGAAAGAAACGUAGAAGGGUCGUCGUAGCGUGCGACACUUGCAGACGUAAGAAGAUCAAGUGCCAAGGCUUGCCGAACCCGAGCAAUACUUGCAACAACUGUACGGCCUACAACUACCGCUGCACUUUCAGCAGUGAUGCCGGUCGGUCGAGAGGCAAGUACGAGAUCCUAGAAAGCAAGGUCGAGACGCUUCUCAGUGCUCUUCGGUCCGUAGCACCGCAUGUGGCUCAGCAGUUCGAGCGUGGAGAACUCAACGUGACAGGACCGAGCGGAGCAAGUGCUCCACCACAGAAUGCAAAUCCAUGGCAGUCGCUCGAGGCAGAGAGCAAGCAUGCUAGCGAUCCGGGCAAGCGAGUUGAUGGUGCAAAUCUUGACUCGCCAGGAUCGCGGCACGAUCAAGACUUGCCAUCACGCUCAGCACCUCGUCUUGCUUGUGAUGGAAGCGACCCGGAUGGCACUGAUGCUCAAGCAAACGCAAGUGGCAAUGCAGGUAGAUCGGCAGAUGCUACAAAGGGCGAAGAGAGAGAUGCUCUCUUGCCGGACGUGGAAGACGGUCGACCACGCUACUUUGGUCGCUCUUCUGCCAUGACCUUGUUUCAUAGUAUUGCCGAUGAGAGUCGUCCACCAAGUCCAGGUGCAGGUGCGGGUGCAGGUGCGGGUGCGGGUGCGGGUGCGGGUGCACAGCGAUCAUCAUACGAGCCCAUCGACCAUGCCGGGAUGAGCUACGAAACUCAUCGAUACAGUAGUAGAAACGCCAAGUCAACUUCAGGCAUUGCUCAGCCAGGUGGCAACGCAGCUGGCCUUUCCGGCAGUAACAGCAGCGGCAAGUCUACCAGAACAGCACCUCGCCCUCUAUAUCCAACCAACUCAAAAGAGUGGAUCCAACUGCUUAGACGCAAAAACACGGUUGCAGUCGGUCGAGACGAUGCGGUGACGGAAGAAUGGUUCGAGCGAUACACACUACCUGAUCGCCACCUCGUCGAUGCCCUGUUUGAUGUGUUUUUCGAGCACCUGCAUCCGCUCAUGCCGAUCGUUCAUCGUCCAUCUCUGCAACGAGAUCUCAACGCAGGCCGUGCUGACAAAGAUUCUGCAUUCCGAGGCUUUGUGUUUACCAUCCUUGCCAUCGCCUCUCGCUUCUCCAACGAUCCACGUGUCUUGGCUCGCUCCGGCGACGUCGACACUGCUGGAGAUCACUUUGCCGCCGCAAGUCGUCUCUACCAUCAAGUCUACGCUGCCAGUCUGAUCAACGUGCAGGUCAUGAUUCUCACCGCCACUUUUAUGCACGGAGCGAUUGGACCGGGUGCAAGUUGGACAGUGCUCGGUGUCGCGAUUCGUGCUUUGCAGGAUAUUGGUCUGCAUCAGGAGAAAGCCUAUCGAGGCUUUUCUCCCUACGAGCAGGAGCUACGAAGGAGAGUCUUCUGGGGUGCCUUCAUCCUGGAUUGCAUCUUUUCCAUCAAUAUGGGCAGACCACUGGCGCUCAAGCUUUCCGACUGCGACGUUAGACUGCCACUCGAGAUGGAUGACGAAACUCUCUUCCAGUACGAGGCAGGUGGACGCCUUCCGACACCGCCUUUACGCACAGCUUCAGACAAGCCGAUCGUGAUGAGUGGCUUUGUUCAUAUGAUCAAGCUCAACGUGAUUGUGCAAGACGUUGUUCAUCUGCUCUAUUCGCCACGAUGGCGUCAGGAUGGUGGUGGAGGCGGCAAACCGCCUGCCAACCGCAAGCAGAGAGCCAUGCCCGAGUACAAGGAUAUGGUCAUCCUCUCGAAGCGUUUGGAGGAAUGGGUAGGCCAAACACCCAGGCACCUCGGCUCUAUCGAGAGCCCUUUCCGCCUGCAAGCCGGCUUGGUGCAAUGUGGCACGCACGAUAUCCGCCUCUACAUCCUCAAGCCCUUCCUGGAACACAGUGCGCUGCGCAAGAUGCUUCAUCCACAAUGCGUCUUGCAUGCUCGAGAAUGUCUUCGUGUUGUGAUUGCAUUGCACGAGGGCGACCACAUGAGCGACCUCGUCUUCAUCUUCCAACAGGCCUUUAUGAGCACGGCGACUUUCAUGAUCACCGUCUGGCACGAAUGCCGCGAGGUGGACAAGCUGGCCGAGGACAACGAUCUCGUGGAAUCGACACUAAGGAUCUUUGCCGCUUUUGACGAUCGAUACUUUUCUCGUCUCUUCCGUCGAGCGCACCGUAUCUUGCGCGACAUAGCAUUGAGGUCGAUGCACACCAUGACUUCCGAUCAGCGCGAGCGGGUGAGUAGGAUGUUGGUCAGGGCAGAUCAGCGCAUGUCUGGUCUCGUGCCAUCGACUAUGAUGGGCAUCAGAGCUGUCUCUGGGAUGAUGGAGGCACGUGCAGACGCUUCUCUGGCUCCAUCGGCGAGACUAGCUGCGAGGAACGAGAGACUGGAACAGCGUGCAAGUGGACAGAUUGGUGAUGCUGGAGGUGGACCAUUGGCGGCGAAUGAUGCCAUUUCGGCAGCAUCCUACAUACACAGCUGGUCGCCGAUCCCAAGCGCGCCCAUGUCGCCCAACCGCACUUCAGUGAGUGAUGCAAGUUUCGGUAGCGAGACACCCAUCACUUGUCCUUCCUUUGCUCCGUUCAUGAUGAGCGGUGGAGGCAACACGAUGCCUGGCGGGGCGCCGAACGGUGGUGCAAAUGCAAUGCCUAGAGCCACUGGCAGUGGGAGCGAUGGUGGAGUUGUCGCAAGUGUUGCCAUGUCCGGUGCCACUGUCACAUCAUCGCGAUCGCAUAUGAGCAGCGAUACGGACGCAUGGAUGCAUAGCAAGAUGGGCGGCAUUCAUCCUGCUUCCUUCGGGGACGCUCGUGGCAUCAUGCCUCUGUAUACAGAUGAUCCUGGCUCGAUACAGCAUCAACUCGAGGAUCUUUCGUGGACUGACUACUUUUCCAAGUUCUUGGACGACAUUGGAGGAGCAGGUAGGCCAAUGACAGGAUCAGCAAGUACAGGCGCUAGUACCGCCUCGGCUCACGCUCACCCACACUACGCCUACACACCAAUGACAGGCGGUGUGGGCAUGCCAAAUCCACAAGGUCCGCCCUGGUCCGGCUAUGGUGAGAUGCACCUGGCAAUGGGAUGCCCGAACACAUCUUUGCCGCCGCCACAGGCUUCACAAUCGCCUCGUCGGCCAACUCCGCAUCACUAG